AUGAGCUUCCGGUAUACCGUGAAGCCUCGCAUGAAAGUGAACGCCUUCAAGCCCAAGGAGCUCACCGCCGAGGAAAAGGGCGCUGGCGAACUGCGGGCCUCGCAGUUCGGGGCUUUGUGGUGCAACAAGUUUGCCAGCAUCCCGAAAAACAAGGAUUGUGGCAUCAUCUGGGAGGUGAAGGUGGGUGAAGAAGUUCCGGCAACCGUUGCUCCAACCAAGCCGAAGUUUUGUCUUCUCUGCAAGGCAGUGCUGAAGGUGGCAAGUGCCAUCAAGAUUACUUAG